AUGAUGAAUGUUACCUUCAGAUUAACAUUACACGUUACAUUCCUUGUCUUGGGACUCACGGGAAACCUUUAUAUACUAGUUGUAAACGCCCUGGACUGGAGAAAGACCCAGCACCUUAGUGCUUGCACCACAAUUAUAAGCAGCCUUGGAAUAUCUAACCUUGUUCUCCAAGCAGCAGUAGUCAUCAAUGAAAUGUGUUUUCUCAUCUUGCAGUCGUUCUACUCUCAAGAUUCCGUUAUUAAUGCAUUUGGGACAAUUUUGGUUUUUACCUUCUUCUCCAGUAUACUGUUCUCUGUUUGCCUAUGUUUUUAUUACUUUGUGAAAAUUGUUCCAUUUCAGUUUUUGCUAGGCAAUCUAAAAUCCAAAAUAUCCAAGAUUAUUCCCUGGCUUCUUGGGGGAUCUGUUUUAUUUUCUUUAAUUGCUAGUGUACCAUUACAUUGGGAUCUCUACAGAGAUACAAAACACGCCAAUAUUUCAUCUGGAAAUGUUAUUGAAUCUUUUAACUUCAGCUUUGCGAGCAAAUGUCAAUGCAUUUUUAAUAUUUAUCUAGUUCUUACUGCCAUUGUUUUUGUCACAUACCUUUUAUUGUGUUUACCUAUAAUUAUAUCACUUUGUAAACACAUGCAAAUGAUAAAAAGGAACCUAGGAGGUACAACAAAUUUGGAUGCUCACCUGUCUGCUGCUGCAACGCUGAUCUUACUCUUGGCUCUCUACAUCUACUUGUCUGUUGCCUUAAGCUUUGUUUUUAACCUUACAAAAACAGCAGGAACUUGGUUUUUCUCUUUCUGCUUUUUAAUGAUUUCUAGUUUUCCCUCACUGAAUUCCCUGGUUCUUAUUAUAGGUAAUCCGAAACUUCGAAAGCCAUUAAAAAAGUUAUGUAUAACUAACUGCUGCCACCGUGAUGACACUUGA